AUGCCGGUCACCGGCCAAAAGUGGCCACCUUGGUCGAAGAACUCCAGACUUAAGCGGCAGCACAGCGUCGACUACUGGAUGAUGUGCUCGCUUCUGUACGACGGUGAUGGGAGAGAAGUCGUUAGGGUUUCGGAUUCAGAAAUGGUUGAAGCCUUCUUCGUGUCGUUCUUCUCCUCUCCAAGCUUCAACACUCACGGCCAUAACAUGACCGAUCUGAAAACUCAGAUUGAUCACCAAUUGCAGGGUUGGCCUGAGUUUGUAAAGUAUUAUUCCCUAGGCUUUGGGCACUUUCUAGUUUUUAGAUAUGAAGGGAAUUCUAGAUUCCAUGCUUGCAUAUUUGAUACAACUACCGUCGAGAUCGAAUAUCCUCUUAUUCGAGCGCAUUCUGAUGGGCCUAAAAGAAAAGAAAUCAAAGAUGAUGACUCUGUUGAAGUCUUGGAGGAUUUGUCACCACAUCCCAGAAAAAGAAAGAGCUCUCCUUUACCAUGUUCUCAGCCCCACAAGAAAUUCAGAACCAGUCCCAUUUGUGAAACCGAUAUCAAAGGGACUCGAAACAAUGAAAGGAUACUUAAGAAUUCAAUGAGGAAUGGAGAUUUACACCAUUCAAAGUCAAUGAGAGUUUCUGCUGAAGAUGGUAAUGGGGACAAAUCUAUCAUGCCAAGAUGGAGGCUAUCUGAGGUGCAAAGCUUUACUUACAAGGUUGUCAUCAAACCAUCUCAUGUCGCUGGUAAUCGGGGCAGAACUAACUCAUUGAAGCCAAAGAGAAAUGUAAAAGUCAAGACUGAGUGUGAUUGUACUAGCAAACAUCAAGAGGAAACUAAAGUUGAACCCGGCAAGUUUUGGCAAGGCCAGGUCACUCGUGUUCCGAAAUUUUCAGGAGAUUCUAGAGCCACUGAAGCAGCCAGCAGAUUCUCAUCGAAAAAUCCCUUCUUCAAAAAGCUAAUAACUUCAUCUUACCUCCAUACUCAUGUAGAAUUACAAUUAGUUUCACACAAAUAUGGUUCACAUGUGGGUUUUCCGCAUGAAAAAGUGGCUAAUUAAGGAUCCUAGCUC